AUGUGGAUCAGAGAGUGCCCCGAUAGGAUUAGGAAGCGAAUAACUGCUGUUACAAAGUCCCGCACGACCAUAAAGAAACUAAAUGACCCGACAAGGUUUUCUGUUUGUGAUAUCCAAGGAAAGAAUCAUAAUUGCACAAUUGGGAAUCCGCAUAUGUGUUCAUGCGGCGCUACACAGCCGUGCGCUCAUACUCUUUCCGUUCUGCUCUUGUUCUUCAAAGUAAGGGAGGAAAAUCCGAUUGUAUGGCAAAGAUACAUCAAUGAAGUGGAGUUAAGUGUCCUCAUCGACAAGAGAGCUGAUGAAGAAAAAUGCGUUUUUUGCCGUGAGAGCACGGGUGGCGUCGGGUCAUGCGAAAAAUGCGGCGCUCACUUUCAUCAGCUGUGCUUGGAACUGGCAUCAAGAAGCGGAAAAGGCAACUGCAACACCUGUCCAAAGUGUCGUGAAAUGGUGUCAAGGCCUGAAAGUAAAAGCGAUACUUGGUGCAGCAAUUGCAAUGUGCCUUGCAAAACGGAGAACUACACAUGCCUCCUUUGCCCUGACUACUUUUUGUGCAGGUGCUGCUACGCAUUGUGCAAGGCUCAUCCUUCACACCCUUUUAGCUGCAGCAAGAUGGGCGACCCUGCACCGUCAAAAUGCAGUGUGGCGUUUCAAAGUAUGGAGGAUUUACAAUACCGUGAGAUCAACCCAGAAGACUAUGACGCACUUAUUGCUCUAGACAACGACAAGAGGACACCUCUAGUAGAAGAAGAGCUCAGCAACCUGUCAGUCGAAUAUUUUAGCGCUCGUGUAAGAAAAAAUGAUAGUUGCCCGGUGUGUCUCCGUAGAUUCGUGGGAGCCAGCAGGUGCAUUGCACUUCCUUGUGCUCACAUAAUGCACCACAGGUGCGGAUUCAAAUGGCUCUCUGAAUUUAGCGACGUGUGUCCUAUUGACAAUCGGAAAGUAUGCGAGUGGAGCAACAUACAGGACGCAAGGAGUGUUGGUGAGGUUAAAGCUUCCUUGCAGGCGUCUACGCGCGAUGGAACGACUUUACGAAUUCCUUCGAAGAUAACAUCCGUCAAGCUUCCCGCAAUCAAUCCACGGGAAUGGAAAUGA